CAUUCUUAUUCCCUAAAACAACCUCUUCUGACUUCCCUUCCGUCUCUUUGCAUGCAACCUCCGCAAACCUGCCACAUUAUCAAACCAGGCCCCCUCAAUCGAGCGCCAUUUACAAAGUUCGCCGUCGCACAGGAUCAGGUCCGAAAUAUAAGUGUACUAUCAAGACCCUUGUCUUGUGCUACCCCGCCAUCAACCCCCCCUUCCGUUUUCUCUUCUCGAGCCUCCACAAAGAUCUCGAGAAUUAUUCAAGACCGACCACCGCAGCUUGGUUCGUCCAAAUUCCGAAACUUGGUCAAGCUCUGCCCGUCUGCAGACCUUUAACUUUUUGUCCGUCGACAUUUCCGAUUCACCACGACGACACAUCUUUUGCCAAAAUGACUACGCUCGUCCAUCACAGCCCGCAGCCGAAUUCUCCGCCUGGACCGGCUGUCCAGCGUCCGAGGGGCAUUCUCAAAAACUCAUUCCAGAAAACCCCAUCCCCACCUAUUUCGCCCGCCCGCGAGAGGUCUCUUUCGGAGAAGGAAAUCACCAUCGCAAACACCCAGUUCAACGCCGGCCGACGGAGCUCCUCCUCCGGCGUCCGACCCGUUGGCUCCCGCCGUGCUUCCAGCCGGGCUUCCUCCCAGUACGGCGACGACGACCGCCAGGACCCCUCCCAGGACUCCCAGCGCCUGAAGUGGGACGAGGUCAACCUCUACCUGACCGAGCAGGAGCGCAGCUCCACCAUGAAGAUCACCGAACCCAAGACGCCGUACGCGACGCACUAUGACCCGGCCGAAGACCCGUCGGACGAGGACGAGGCCAUGGGCGGGAUGGGCCUGGAUGCUGACCGGAUCAGCCCUACGAACCGCCGUCGCCUGGCCGGCGAGGAUGACAUUCCGGCCAUGUCGCUGGGCGAGCCGGAAGAGGCCAUCCCGGAGAGCGAGUCGGGCAAGGAGAAGCAGCUCAAGGCGGUGCAGGUGGGCGAUCGCGGCCGGGACGACGACGGGCUCCACGACGAGGAGGAGCUGGUGGGCCUCUCGCCCGAGGGAAGGGAGAAGCACCGCCGCUUCGAGGAGAUGCGGAAGAAGCACUACGAAAUGAAGGGGGUGGCUCACCUGCUGGGUCAUCCCGAGGUGUUGCCCGACGACGAAGAGGCGGACGGUGACGAUGAGGGUGCCGCCCCGCCUCCGGUGCCUCCUGUUCCCAAUCGACCUAACGGCGGAGCAUGAUCCUGGGUUGGGGGAUAGGGAAGGUACCUUAGUGUAGGCAUGGGAAUUCAUCUGAGCGGCAACGGCUUGUCUUUUUGCAACCAGGGGACGCCUUGAUUUGGGUGGGAUAUGGGGCGUUAAGCAUGGCAAGGCAGCGACUCGGGUUCGGUGUUUUUUUUGUCGUCUCUGUUUUCUUCUUCUCCUACUUUACUUUCUUUUGUCUUUCUCUUCGAUUUCUUUUCGUCUCCCUUCUUCUCUCUUCUUCCCCCCUUUUCUCUUUCUAUUGCCUAAGGCGUUCGGAAGCCGCCGACUCCAUAGUAAGGCCCUUUUUCUUUGGUAUUGUUUUCGUAGUUGUAUUUCUUGGUUGGCUUGUAUCAUCCCACAUCAGUCUGCACUCGAUUGCUACCGCCGUCCACGGCGAAACAUGGUGCAUCAGGAUAGUAAAUCAACCCCCCUUGCCUUCCUGCGAAAUGCCGACUUUCCAGAGCCAUUUCAACGACCCCGUGGAUU